AUGAAUAAAAACAUUUAUUUGGCUAUUUUUGCUAUAUUACUAAGUUGUGUUAUUUGCUAAUCAAAUACAAUUAGCCUUCCUUUGAAAAUAAGUGAAUAAAACAGUUUAAUAAUAAAUACUAAAUAUGGAGACAACUAAUGUGAGGUAAAUUUAAUACCUUUAGAUGAUUAUUGCUCUAAUGUAAUUACUCAAACUGAUAAUGAACUCAAGGCUUGUGGUGUCAAGUUAAUUGGUGAAAAUAAAUUUAUUGGAGGGAAAUAGUAUGUUGCCAAGUUUUAACUUGGUGAUGUUUAAGCUGAUUUAAAAUUUACUAAUCCUGAUUCACAAUCUAGCUUUGAAGGAGAAAAAGCACUGUGCUUUAGUAAAAAAGACAGUAAAACUUAAGACAAUGUAAUUGAUGAACUCUUUAAACAAGGAUUGAUAAAGUAAAAAAGAUUUUAUGUUAAUGUUGACAGCAUAGAUACAACAAAAGGUGUAAUAGGAAGCAUUGAUAUUGGAACUCCUAACUUAUCUUUAAUAAAAAAAGGAUCUAAAUUGGUAAAUCUUAAGCAUUAUGAUUAAAAUGAUGAUUUUUCAACACCCUCAGAUUCUUCCUUAAGAUAUGGAGAUCUUUAAUUUAUAUUUGGAAGUGUAGCUGGUUUUGACUUACUUAAUCCUUACAUCAGCAUUGGUAUAACAUAACUAAAUGCUAUACUUAAAUAAAUUAGAAAUGAUGGAGUUAAAUACGAGUAUUAUGAUGAUGAUGCUAACAUUGAAAAUUAUGUUUUCAACGUAGAUUCUAUUGAAAAGUUAAAGGAUAUUUCAUUUAAUGUAAUUGCAGAUGGUGAUAAACCAUUUAAAAUAAUAAUUAAACCAUAACACUAUACAAGAAAGCUAAAAAAUGGUAAUUAUUAAGUACUUAUCUAUCCUCAAGCUUACACUGAUUAUAUUGGCCUUGGUUAUUCUGUCCUCUAAGCAUACUAUUUAGGUUAUGACAUACCCAGUUAAAGUUACAUCAUUGCUGAAAAAGCUGAAAGCAAUGUCAACUAAUUCUGA